AUGAUUGGUAGUGUUGAUUGCAUGCAUUGGGAGUGGAAGAAUUGCUCAGCAGCAUGGAAAGGGCAAUAUCAAUGCCGAGCUGGUGUUCCAACAUUAAUUCUUGAAGUUAUCGCUGAUCAUGACUUAUGGAUAUGGCAUGCCUUUUUUGGGAUGCUAGGUUCAUAUGAUGAUCUCAACGUGUUAUAUCGAUCACCUCUUUUCGUUGAUUUGUUUGAAAGAAGGGUCAAUUUCACGUCUAUUACUGAACCACAAACACCAAAAGCGAGGUUAUUUACCCAACAUCAAGAAGCAGCAAGAAAGGAUGUGGAGCGAGCAUUUGGGGUGUUGCAAGCUCGAUUUGCAAUAAUUGGAAAGCCCACAGUUGCUUAG